AAUAACCCAUUCUGCACAUCCUGAUAAAGAUUGCUUUUCUGUCUUGACUUUAAUAUUUUGCACUAAUAUUUUUCAACAAGAAAAUUUUUCAGCAUGGGAAAAAGUAAUGAGUAAAAUAGUUCCUGAUAGAAUGCUUUUUCUGGUCUAAUUGGUCAAUCUUGCUAUUUCAUAGCACUUUGAAGCUCAGUUAUUUUGCAGAGAAACAUUACUAGAGUACAGGAAGUAACUGUCAUUUAGAAUUCAAAACUAGUUUGUUUUUCACUGUGGAUCAUAACAAGUACUCCUUUGUUCUUUUUGUUCAUAAUUUGUUACUUUUAUGUCCUGGUUUGAGGGAGUCCAGGAGUUUAUGCGUGUCCAAUUUUGUUCAGCAAACUGGAAAGACUUCAGGAGUAAUAAAUGCUUGGGGGUUUUGCAGAAGUGCCUCAUGUGAUACCUUCUAUUCUCAGCAUGGGUUAAAAUUAGAACUAGACUGACAGUGCAUUGCAGUCUGAGAGAGGGUUCUAUAUGGUUUUGGUAGUUCAGACAAAAUGUGUAAUUUAUCUCUGCUUUUGCCCGGAAAGCAACGAGUCACAGGGAAUCCUUGAAAACACCAAAUAAUCGAGCAGAACUGCAAGAAGAUUCAAAGAGAGAUCUGAAGAAUUAAAAAAGCUUUCUCUUAAAGCUGACAGGUGCACUGAUGCAUCGAGCCUGAAAUUCACAGUCACAUUCCUGUGACUGGAUCUGAACAUGUAAGGAUCAUGACUGAAACUGCAGUUUGCCUUGGAACUUUCACUGCUGUGAAGACACUUUGGGAAGUGAGAAUACACAAGAUAAAUGAAGAAUUACGGAAAGAAAAAGAAUUCAGAGAGAGGUCUGCAGGAAGGCUGAUACUCGUCUGGGAGGAGAGAGCUGCAUUAGCAAAGCUCAAGGAAAAAAUUAUUAAUGAAGAUGGAAGAGCAAUUUUAAGGAUAGAGGAAGAAGAAUGGAAGACUCUACCUUCAUGCUUAUUGAAAUUGCUCCAUCUUCAGGAAUGGCAGCUUCACAGAACGAGUUUGCAGAAAAUUCCUCAGUUCAUUGGAAAAUUUCACAAUCUUCUUGUUCUGGAUCUGUCCCGGAACUCAGUUGAAACUGUACCUAAAGAAAUUGGCCAGCUGACUAGCCUCCAAGAGCUGCUUCUCAGUUACAAUAGAAUAAAGUCUAUUCCUAAGGAAAUAAGUAACUGUGUCAGUCUUGAAAGACUGGAACUGGCUGUCAACAGGAGUAUAUGUGAUCUUCCACCUCAGCUCAGUGAUUUAAAGAAACUUUCACACAUAGAUUUGAGCAUGAAUCAGUUUACUACCAUCCCUUCAGCUCUUCUCAACAUGCCAAAUCUAGAAUGGUUAGAUAUGGGGGGAAAUAAACUCCAGGAGCUUCCUGAAGCAAUUGACAGAAUGGAAAAUCUCCACAGUUUAUGGCUCCAAAGAAAUGAGAUAACCUCUUUGCCAGAAACCAUUAGUAAUAUGAAAAAUCUUAGCACUCUUGUCCUUAGCAAUAACAAAAUUAAGGAUAUUCCAGCUUGUAUGAAGGACAUGACAAAUCUGAGAUUUGUCAACUUCAGAGGCAACCCCUUGGAGUUAGAGGUAACACUCCCUCCAUGUGAGAAUACAGAAGAGGAGGAGCAACAGGAGAUGUUCGGCAUUGAAUUCAUGCACAUAUAUAUCCAGGAGUCACUCAGGAAAACAGGAAAUCUGGAAAGUUGUACUUCUGGUCCUUCUCCUGUCAUAAAUUCUAAUGAAUAAAGAAUGAACUGCGAUUGGAAGAAAAUAUCAAGUAUACUUCUUCCUAGCAAAGAGGCUUCAACAGGUUUCAAAUAUUCUUAGGGAUUUUAUUAUUUUGUUUUUCCACUGAUGAGAACUGAUUUCCGUAUUUGUAAUUCCUGGUGAAACUGGGAAAUAUGAGAACUUUUCCUGGGUACAGAAAAGACUGAACCAGGGUUUUUUUGUAAUAAAUGAAUUAGCUUUUUAAAAAA